AUGCUACGAUUGAAUUCAGCGAAUCAGGAAGACGAAAGACGAAGAUCACGGAUUGGUAGUCAAUUACCCGAAGAAUUCUACGAUUACCUUGAUAAACAAGAUUUGAUACGUAAGGAUCGUUUCCUGAAGCGUUUCGGUAAACGAUUACUUGCUGCCCUCAGGCAACCGUUGCUGAGACGUAAUCGAUCAAACCUGACGCUAUUAGAUUCCGACACUGAUUCGAAUUUCGCACUGAUUGUAACCCCAAAACGUGCAAUUUCACUACUUAGUCAGCGAGCAUUAUUGUCGAGAAAGAGCAAUCCAAAUCGAGAAAUUUCCUAUAUGAAAGAUUCGGAAUUGACUAAUGGACUUUUGGAGGAACGUGCUGAAAAAGGUGAUGACAUAUUAUUACACGGUGAAGGAAUGGCAAUAAUAAAAUUGGAAAAGGAAAAUGGUGAACUUGGUCUCAAUAUUGUUGGCGGUAUCGACCAGGAAUACAUCCCGGGAGAUCCUAGCAUAUUCAUUUCAAAGAUACAAAAUGGUGGUUCAGCUUGGCGUGAUAGAAGACUGAGGAUCGGCGAUCGUAUCAUAUCGGUGAAUGGUGAACUACUUGCUGGUAAAACACACGAUGAAGUUGUACAGAUUUUUCACAAUACUAAGAGCAGUGCAGUACUCAUGAUCGAACAGGAUGCUGAAUCACGAGUUUUGAAUAGACCAACGGAACUGUCGGGUGUCGUAAAUUCUGACGAACUUUCGGGCGGCGUAAAUUCUGACGAGAAUACAUCAUUAUCAAGAAGUGACAAUAGGAGUUUGUUCCCUAAACACCUUGUAAGUAUGUCGUCCAAACCUGCGAAUACGUUCGUACCGCGAAUCAUGUCAGAAUCAACUAAAGUGGAGAAGAAAAAUGCAUUGUCACCAGUUAAUGAUGUGGUAUAUUUGGCAUCCAGUUCUACAAAUGGUAAUUACGUAGAUGAUAAACGCAUGAAGAAAAAUAAAGCAGAAAGCCGAAAUGAAAUAAAUUCGGUAGAUCAUGAAGGAAUGUUAGAAAUGUCAGUUACAACAGCAUCACCAUUUACGCCAUUGAAAGAUGAAACAGCAAAGUCGAUCGAUGAAAGGAGCGAAGGACCCGUUUCACUGAAUAGUGGUGAUAAUCAUGGUGAUGAUGAUUAUGAUUAUGAAGAUGAAAAUUCAUUAACAGCGUCUGAUCAUUCAAGUUCUACUAUAGAUGACAUUCCAGUCACACCUAAAAAAUCGUAUAGAUUGUUGGAUCCUUCAAACACCUCUGUAUUCAAUGAAGUAUUGGCUGUUUCGGCUGGUAUCGCAGCACUGGGUGUUGGAAUUUACGUUGUAUAUCAUUUUAUUAAACACCGAUCUGCCCCGUGA